GUUGUUUUGCUGAAUGCACAGGAUCAAAGCUUUAGUUUAAAACAAUGACGUCAAGUUUAUAUGAUGACUUGGAUAUUUUAGACGGAACACCUCUCGAUACUUUAACAUCCAGUGAGUCGUCUAACAAGUCAGGAAAUGCUCCAUUAGUUGGUUUGCGUGUCACUGCUAACUGGUCGGAAUCUGAUGUAACAUCAUCUAAUCAAUUCAAUGUGAAUGCUUCUUCAGUCAAUUCAAAUUCCAGUUUAAAAUUAAUGCAAUCCCACAUGGCUGUGAAACGUGCUCAGGGUCGACGCCCCGCCACAGAUUCUUCCAAUUCUCAGUGGAGUAGUCGCACAACACUAGCCCCAGUGGUCGAUUUAAAACAGCGUGUACCACACGUAGAUGGCUCUUACAGAUUUAAUCAAUUGACUGGACGAUUAGAACGAUGUGUUUCGGGAAGCAGUGGAGGUAAAUCUAAACGUUCGUUGAAAUAUUCCAAUACAGCUAUGACGAAUGGUUUACUAUUUGGUGAACUAAAUCUACCUUUGGGUGUGAUGGAUGAAUAUAAUCCCAUGAUUCCUAAUGAAUAUGAAGAAUUAGCUCGAAUUAAACGUGAACGUAGACGUGCUGAGGAAUCUGCGCUUGCAGACAGACACCAUCGACUGGAUCCAUUUGGUAUGAAUGAUCCUUCGGGAAUGUGUCGUCGUUAUGAGUAUUCAGAUGAAGAAGACGACGAAGAUACUGAAUAUACUGCAGCUUCCGGUAGGAGUUCUUCUCAACCAACAAAGGGUGCUGCUAUUGCACCCCCAUCUGUUUUACUCGAAGAUGUAACUGUUACUCCUGGUUCAAAUACAUCACAAAACUCUGAAUCGUCGGUUAAUGAUGAUGAUCCUGGAGUUAGCACAGCUAGUAGUAAAUUUGGAAUUAAUGUUGUUGCAGCAAAAAUGAUGGCUCGAAUGGGAUAUCGAGAAGGACAAGGUCUAGGUAGAGAAAGUCAAGGAAUGUCCACUGCAUUAGUUGUCGAGAAAACUAGUCGACGUGGUGGCAAGAUAAUUCAUGAAAAAGAUCAACAACGUCAACAAAUUCACGUCAAUGCUUCUGCUGCUAAUAAUAAUAAUCUACCUAGUUAUUUGAGUGCAAAUGUAGAAGAGACAUUCAAUAAUCUACCACUUCCAGAGAAUCGAAGCUGUGUUAUUCUUCUACGUAAUAUGUGUGGACCAGGUGAAGUUGAUGAUGAUCUAGAACCCGAAACAGCUGAAGAAUGUGCUAAAUAUGGCAAAGUAGUAAUGUGUAUGAUUUAUGAAUUGCCUGAAGCUCCAGAUGAUGAAGUAGUUCGUAUUUUUGUGGAAUUCGAAUCUGAGGAAGCAGCAACAAAAGCGGUACUCGAUCUAAAUGGCCGAUUUUUUGCUGGACGUGUCGUGAAGGCUGGAUUUUACGAUGCAGAGAAAUUCAGGAAUUUGGAACUUGCCGAUGCGCCAUUGUCUACAUGAUUUUUCGUUUAAUUAUGCACAGUAUAUAUAAUUAUUGUCUAAUUAUA